AGAAGAAGAAGCUGUGAAACUGGAUACACUUCCAGGUCAUCAUCAUCUUUGUCCUUCCGGGUCGAAGUAAAAAUGCCGUACAGACUCUGACUAAAGUUAGAUUUAAUAGUUGUGUGUACUUCUACUUAGACCACGGUAGUUGUUGUCAUCGGGCGUGUUAUUGUUGGUUAACACGUGUUUUGAGUUGUGAGCAGUUUGUUGUAAACAUGGCUCCAACGAUCCAGACUCAAUCUCAACGAGAAGACGGACACAGUAGGCCAUCCUCUCAUAGAACUGUUCCAGAGAGGUCGGGGGUGGUCUGUCGAGUGAAGUACUGCAACAGCCUGCCUGACAUCCCUUUUGACCCCAAAUUCAUCACAUAUCCAUUUGAUCAGCACAGGUUUGUACAGUACAAAGCCACGUCUCUAGAGAAGCAGCACAAGCACGAGCUCCUGACUGAGCCAGACCUCGGGGUCACCAUCGAUCUCAUCAACCCAGACACCUACCGCAUAGACCCCAACAUACUGUUGGAUCCCGCUGAUGAAAAACUGUUGGAAGAGGACAUCCAGGCUCCAUCCAGUUCAAAGAGGUCACAGCAGCAUGCCAAAGUGGUCCCGUGGAUGAGAAAGACAGAAUAUAUUUCGACAGAGUUUAACAGAUACGGUGUUUCCAACGAGAAAGUGGAAGUCAAGAUCGGUGUGUCUGUCAAACAGCAGUUUACAGAAGAAGAAAUCUACAAGGACAGAGACAGCCAGAUUACUGCUAUUGAGAAAACAUUUGAGGAUGCACAGAAAUCGGUUACAGUGCACUACAGUAAACCCAGAGUUACUCCUGUGGAGGUACUACCUGUGUUCCCCGACUUCAAGAUGUGGAUCAACCCAUGCGCUCAGGUCAUCUUUGACUCUGAUCCUGCACCUAAAGACCAAACAGCACCACAAGGAGUGGAAAUGAUGUCUCAGGCCAUGAUCAGAGGUAUGAUGGAUGAGGAAGGAAAUCAGUUUGUGGCCUACUUCCUGCCCCAUGAGGAAACGAUUCGCAAGCGCAAGAGAGAUUGCGAUGAAGGGAUGGAUUACAUGCCUGAGGAUCUGUAUGAUUACAAGAUAGCCAGGGAGUACAACUGGAAUGUCAAGAACAAAGCCAGCAAGGGUUAUGAGGAGAACUACUUCUUCAUCUUCAGAGAUGGAGAUGGUGUUUACUACAACGAGCUCGAGACAAGGGUGCGUCUGAGCAAGAGGAGAGCCAAGGCUGGAGCACAGUCAACCACAAACGCCGUGCUGGUGUGUAAGCACAGAGACAUGAACGAGAAGGAACUCGAAGCCCAGGACGCACGUAAAGCUCAGCUGGAGAACCAUGAGCCAGAAGAUGAAGAGGAAGACAUGGACUUGGAUAAAGACUUGCAAGACUCUGGUGACGAGAAAGAGAAGGGCAGCGGCAGCGAGGCAGAGAACUCCGGUAGCGAAUCAGAGAGGGAAGAUGAAGACCGGGAACAAAAGCCAGAGGAGGAGGAAGAGGAGGACAAAGAGAAGCGGAAGAGGAAGGCGAGCGGCAGCGGAAGCGAGAGCGGCGAGGAGAGGACCAGAGAAAUGCGAGACGAGGAAGAGAUCUUCGGCAGCGACGACGACAGCGCCGGCGGCGACAACGACAACGAGAACGACAAGAACUCAGCCAGGAGCAGCGGGGAGGAGGGCAGCGGGAGCGAGGACGAAGGAGGGAACAGAGGAGGCAGCAGGAGUCGCAGCGCAUCGCCAGCACACAGCGACCGCAGCAGCGGCCCCUCGGAGACCCAGGCUCAGAGCGGAAGUGGAAGCGAGAGAGGCUCAGAUUCCAGCGACGCCAGUGACAGUGAAUAAAACGUGUGGUCUGGACAGCAAGGCGAUGGCCACCUUUCUUACCUGUAUGUUCAGCUCCAAACGUGGCAGUGUUGCCCUGUCACUGACCCUGAUAUUACGAUUGCAAAUAAAAUUUGUGUGUGUGAUGCUCAUAGGUUUUGGACCGGGGACAUCUCACUUCAAUACAGUUUUUAAUAGUAGAUUCAACUAUCGCACCAGUAGCUAUUUGUACACCAUUCCUCUGUUUUUGUCUGUUAGAUAUUCCGUACAGGAUCAUGUAAAAAAUGUCUUUGUUCUCUGCUUUUUUUCUUGUCAUUGUGUUACGGCUUUGAAACUGAUAAUAAAAAUGCAGGUGCCAUUUUGUAAGAAGCAGUGGUCAAUAGGUUGUUGUUUUCCCCCUCUUUAACAGCUUAUUUUCAAUCAACCCAAAGAAGUACAGGACUGUCGUCUGUGCUCCAUUUAAAAAAUAUUAAAUAUUUGAUUUGUUUAGUUGAUGCUUAGUUCAUA